GAAUCGAGCCUGAACCAAACUGCUAACAUUAUGCCUAACCGGAAAUUAAGACCGGAAAUAUAUUUAUUUGUAUGCAUUUUUACGUUAUUGACUUUGUGGCUGUGGUAACUAGAGGAAACCUUCGGUAUCUUUCAAAAACAAAGAUUUUUUAUGUCACUCGAGAUAAUAAAUGCUCACUUUUAAGGCACAUAGUGACUGCGACCUGGUUUCGAGAGAAUAAUUUAUUUAUAUAGUUUGGGACUAUGAUAUAGUUUGCAUCGGCACAAUUGGGCAGUCAAAUAUUAUGAAGAUAGAGGUGGCGUAUUUCAGCUAAGGCUUGGCAGUGAAACGACUUUUUAUAAAAAUGGCGCCGACCAUUGCAACCUGUCCCAUAGUAUAGUAAACUCACAUGUAACGUGGUAUAUUUGUUGCUACAUUUAUCGAGCAGACUUUUCCCCAAACAGAAAUGUUUGUCGCUCGAAGUAUUGCAGCGGACCACAAGGAUCUUAUUCAUGAUGUUUCAUAUGAUUUCCAUGGCCGGAGAAUGGCAACUUGCUCUAGUGACCAAAGUGUCAAGGUGUGGGACAAGAGUGACAACGGAGAGUGGAACUGCACUGCCAGUUGGAAGACCCAUAGUGGAUCAGUAUGGAGGGUGACCUGGGCCCAUCCAGAGUUUGGUCAGGUGCUGGCCUCCUGCUCCUUCGACCGGACCGCUGCUGUGUGGGAGGAGAUCGUUGGCGAGUCCAAUGACAAACAGCGAGGACUCAGUCACUGGAUCAAGAGGACCACUCUGGUGGACAGCAGAACGUCGGUGACUGACGUGAAGUUUGCUCCUAAACACAUGGGUCUGAUGCUGACCACGUGCUCAGCAGAUGGGGUUAUGAGGGUCUACGAGGCUCCAGACGUGAUGAACCUCAGCCAGUGGUCCCUGCAGCAGGAGAUCUCCUCUAAACUCAGCUGCUCCUGUAUCUCCUGGAGCCCCUCCAGCUCUCGUGCCCACGCCCCCAUGAUAGCAGUGGGCUCUGAUGACAGCAACACAGCAUACAGCGGGAAAGUUCACAUCUAUGAAUACAUUGAAAACACAAGGAAGUAUGCUAAGGCAGAAAAUCUGAUGACGGUGACAGAUCCAGUCCAUGACAUUGCCUUUGCUCCCAACUUGGGACGCUCUUUUCACGUGCUCGCCAUCGCCACCAAAGACGUACGCAUCUUCAAGCUGAUACCACUGAGGAAAGAGUCUGCAGCGGGGUCGUCUGGUCCCACUAAGCUGCAGGUUCAGAUCCUGGCCCAGUUCGACAACCACAACUCACAGGUGUGGAGAGUCUCCUGGAACAUCAGCAGCACCCUGCUUGCCUCCUCAGGGGAUGAUGGCUGUGUCCGACUCUGGAAAGCCAACUACAUGGAUAACUGGAAGUGUACAGCCAUCCUGAGAGGAGAUGGUAGCCCAGUGACCGGCUCGUCCAGUCAGGCUGCAGUCCCCAGCACAGCAGGGGGACCACAACAUGUCCUGCUGCAAGCGUCCUCCGCUGGAAGAAAGAAAGCUCAGCUGAUACCUGGCUAACGGAGUGGCUUGAUGCUGCUGCUUGUUGCAUGAACACACACACACACACACACAGAGAGGAAUGGAAAGGGAACUCCCUCACCCUGCAGACCAACCUCCCAGAAACACCUCUGAACCCUUUUUUAUGCUAAUCAAGAACCACACUGACUCCUAGAUCAGGGUUCUAGAUCAAAGUUCCAGGGUGGGUUUUAUGUCAAUAUUGACUGUUAUGCUACUGAAUGAAGUAUCUUGUUGGGAUGUAUCUGACUGGUUGGGGCAUUAAGGGGGUCUGAUAUUUUGCUGUAGAACUACAUGGGAGUAUGGGUUUAGGUGUGGUGUGAGAGAGAGGGAGAGGGAACCACUGGUGACAAUGCGGUGGUGGUAAGACAUAAUGGGUGUGUUUAGAGUAACUUUACAAAAAUGUCUCGGGUUCCCAGAAAUCCAGGUUGGAACAUUCCUGGAAUUAGGAGAGAAUAAGCAGGAAAUCCCAGAACCAGGUUCUAGUGAGUUCUAGGUAAUAUUUUGGAGGGUUCUGCAUAAUGUAAAUUACCCUGUGGUUCUGCCUGGUGGAUGAGGUAGUUCUGCCUGGUGGAUGAGGUGGUUCUGCCUGGUGGAUGAGGUGGUUCUGCUUGACUGACUGGUGGAUGAGGUGGUUCUACCUGACUGACUGGUGGAUGAGGUGGUUCUGACUGGUGGAUGAGAAGACGACGUCUGAGACUAACGUUAAAAUCUUUGGGGCGAUUUAAUAAUUUAUGAAAAACAAUUAAUUCUGUAUAAUAAAGUUUGUGUAAUCCAGUGUU